CAUUAAGUCAUUGGUUACCACCUCUUCCCUCCUUGUUUUACCAAAUAAGGGAUGAAAUACAAAGCCCUUAUCUCAACUCUCACAACCACGAUCAUCAUCAGCUGCAGAGCGUCUGGUCGCUGAGGGGUUAAACGUCACUCGGUAGUAGGAAGUGGGAGGUUGGAGCUGAGGAUGGAGCGAAGCCCGUACGGCAACCACAGAUCAAUUCUCGCAAGAAAAGCAACGUUAUACCGGAGAGGAAGAGACUGAACCAACAACAUACCUGCGAGAGGAAGCAAAACGGACAAAUGUGUUAGCCGGGAGACGAAAACACGAGCCGAUCAGCCCUGCUUUCACUGCCGAUGUGUGCGUGUAUGUGUGCAUCUCUCAGCAGAGGGACGGAUCCUACACAUCUCCAUUGAUCUCGCCUUUUUUUUUUUUCUCCAUGCACAGAUGCUCUGACAGCGCGUGGAUGUGUCUUAUUAUCGGGAUUUGUAGUUUGACGUGCAGUAUGCAUGCAGGGAACUCCGUGUUCAUGCAUGCACUGGUGCUCUCCCAGCACACACACGGUGUUGUGCGUGUGUCCGCCGCGGACUCCUCUAACAUGUAGCGGGGUUUUUCUGCUGCUGCGAAACGGUCUACAGAUCGACGGAGGGUCACUGUGAUCGAGGCUUUUUUUAAUUAUUAUUAUUUUUUAUUGAAAGGAUGACAACAGUUUGAUUGCUCACUGCUACUCGUGCAAUAAACUACUUCCAGUUUGAAGAUGUUUUUGGUGCUGUGCUGCGCGUCUCCAGGUGAAGAUGUCUGCAAACUUGUGUAGUGUCUCUAAUCUGUUCGGGGGGUUUCUUGUCUGGGUCUCAGCUGGACUACAGUUCACGCAGAGCACGCUGAUCCCACAGUGCAGCCUCUCGCUUAUUCAGCACUUCCCACCACAGCGGUAGCAGCCUGCUCUGUAAUCUCUGUCAGCCGGCCAGCAUGGGGUCCAGCACAGGAGUGGCACCUCUUCUGCUUUGGCUGCAUUAGACAUUAGAGUUUAUGUGAGAAGAUAAAGCUUAUAUCUCAAAGAAAGGAGCACCAGUAGUGUCCUUGUAUGCUGUUAUUUGUCACAGUGGUCACGAUAGCGCAACUUAAUCCUCAGAAAACCAGCGGAUAUUUCCUGCUUUUCGCUGUCAAACCAUGUUAAAAUCGGCCGGCGGACACUACGGACACUACGGUUUGGUGGUAAUUUAACGAGCCGUGCGGGGCUCGCUGAAAACCACGCGAGAGUGGGUGUUCUUCUCGCCCCCGUCACCGGCAAACCACAGGAGCCACGAGACCCUCAGGUGUGAACAGGUGUGAACCAUGGAUGACUCUGGGAUCAUCCGAAGACGGAGGCUGCAGAAGGAUCUACCUCUGCCCCGAAAAAGUAGCAGUUGCAGAACCAGUAACCGGAAAAGCCUCAUCCUGACCAGUACAUCCCCCACUCUGCCACGGCCGCACUCUCCACUGCCUGGACACAUAGGAAGCAGUCCGCUGGACAGCCCACGCAACUUCUCACCUAGUGGACCUGCCCACUUUUCCUUCGCCUCUUCCAGAAGGGCUGAUGGUCGUAGAUGGUCUUUGGCUUCUCUUCCUUCCUCAGGAUAUGGCACCAACACGCCCAGUUCAACGUCAUCCAGCUCGUCCCAGGAGCGUCUGCACCAGCUGCCCUUCCAGCCGACCAUGGACGAGUUGCACUUCCUGUCCAAGCACUUUGGCAGUACAGAGAGCAUCACGGACGAUGACGGGGGCCGACGCUCGCCGCACGUCCGUCCUCGCUCUCGGAGCCUCAGCCCGGGGCGCUCUCCAUCCUGCUAUGACAAUGAAAUAGUGAUGAUGAACCAUGUCUACAAGGAUCGCUUCCCCAAGGCCACAGCUCAGAUGGAGGAGAGGCUGGCCGAGUUCAUCCAGAACUACUCCCCAGAGUAUGUCCUGCCGCUGGCCGAUGGGGUCCUCAGCUUCAUCCACCACCAGGUAGCGGAGCUGUCCAGAGACUGCCUGACCAAAUCACGUGAGGGCCUCAUUACCAGCGUGUACUUCUGCGAACUGCAGGAGAACCUGGAGAAGCUGAUGCAUAAUGCUUAUGAGCGCUCAGAGAGUUCAGAGCUCACCUUCGUCAUUGAGCUGGUAAAAAAGCUCUUUAUCAUCAUAUCUCGUCCAGCCAGGCUCCUCGAGUGCUUGGAGUUCAACCCUGAAGAGUUCUACCAUCUCUUGGAGGCAGCAGAGGACCACGCCAAGGAGGGACAACUGAUGAAGGCAGACAUCCCUCGAUACAUCAUCAGCCAGUUGGGGCUGACCAGAGACCCGCUGGAGGAAAUCGUGAGCCUCGACAGCUACGACAGUGAGGGUCCACACACACCGGAGACCGAUGACUCAGCAGAGGGAAAAGGAAGAGCCAUCAAGCCACCGAGUGAAGAAGACUUUCAGAGCAUCAAAUUGAUCAGCAAUGGAGCGUACGGCGCCGUCUACUUGGUGCGCCACAGGGAGACACGUCAGCGUUUUGCCAUGAAGAAGAUCAACAAGCAGAAUCUGAUCCUGAGGAAUCAGAUCCAGCAGGCGUUCGUCGAGAGAGACAUCCUCACCUUCGCGGAGAACCCCUUCGUCGUCUCCAUGUUCUGCUCCUUUGAAACACGCAGACACUUGUGCAUGGUCAUGGAAUACGUCGAAGGUGGUGACUGCGCCACCUUGUUGAAGAACAUCGGGGCUCUGCCAGUAGAGCUGGCGAGGAUGUACUUUGCAGAGACUGUUCUCGCCCUGGAGUACCUGCACAACUACGGUAUCGUCCACAGAGACCUCAAACCUGACAAUCUGUUGAUCACCUCCAUGGGCCACAUCAAGCUGACAGACUUUGGCUUGUCGAAGAUGGGCCUGAUGAGCCUCACAACCAACCUGUAUGAAGGACACAUUGAGAAGGAUGCCAGGGAGUUCCUGGAUAAGCAGGUGUGUGGUACUCCUGAGUACAUCGCUCCAGAGGUGAUUCUCCGUCAGGGUUACGGCAAGCCGGUGGAUUGGUGGGCCAUGGGAAUCAUCCUCUACGAGUUCCUGGUGGGCUGUGUGCCUUUCUUUGGAGACACUCCUGAGGAACUGUUCGGACAGGUCAUCACAGAUGAUAUAGUUUGGCCAGAUGGUGAUGAAGCUUUACCUGCAGACGCCCAGGCUCUCAUCUCCGCCCUGCUGCAGACCAACCCUCUUGUGAGGUUGGGCACAGGUGGAGCGUUUGAGGUGAAACAGCACUCGUUCUUCACGGAGCUGGACUGGAACAGUUUGCUGAGACAGAAGGCGGAGUUCAUCCCUCACCUGGAGUCGGAGGAGGACACCAGCUACUUUGAUACUCGCUCGGAUCGUUAUCACCACAUCAAUACGUACGAUGAGGAUGACACCAAUGACGAUGAGCCGGUGGAGAUCAGACAGUUCUCCUCCUGUUCUCCUCGAUUCAGCAAGGUGUACAGCAGCAUGGAACAUCUUUCUCAGCUGGAGCAGAAAGCUACUUCCUCCGUGUCCCGUCGGGAGCACAAGGGCCCGCGGGAGGACAAGGUGACCAAGAGAGAGAGCCUGGGCAGCUUCAGCAUGAGGGACAAGAGCUGGAGGACCGGAUCCCCUGAGAUGAAGCGGCUGUCUUGUUCAGAGUCUCUCUACAUGGAGGGAGAUGCAAGCCCUCCUCUUGGUGCUCGGCGACGCUUCUCCGCCCUGAUGGACACGCAUCGUUUUGCCUCGCCCCUGGAGGGUGAGCCUGACUUCCUGUCCCGCCAGACCCCCAUCAAGGUCCGUGGAACCUCGCUGGAUGGGACACACGUUACCUCACCGAGUCUUCUGGAGCAGAGGAACAGUUUGAAAGAGAUCAACGGAGCAGACAAGUCCCCUAGACAAGGAGAGACAGCGGGAGUCACCACGGCCAUCACCACAUUAUCUCCGGGUCCUGCAGCAGCCGGUCGGGACGUGAUGACUCCUCUGUACGAUCCUCUGGGGCCCCGGGCCACCAAUGACCUGGUCCUCCGCAGGGCUCGCCACCAGCAAUUGUCUGGUGAUGGAGAGAAACGAAACUCCAGACCCGGCAACAAGGUCAUCAAGUCAGCCUCCGCCACAGCCCUGUCUGUCAUCAUACCAUCAGUGGAGCAGCAUGGCGGCUUCUCUCCGCUGGCCAGCCCCAUGUCUCCUCACUCAUUCUCCUCCAACCCGUCAUCCCGCGACUCUUCACCCAGCAGAGACUUCUGCCCGGCGGUCAGCGUGCUGCGCUCCCCCAUCACCAUCCAUCGCUCUGGAAAGAAGUACGGCUUCACCCUCAGGGCCAUCAGGGUCUACAUCGGAGACAGUGACAUCUACAGUGUGCAUCAUAUUGUUUGGCAUGUGGAGGAAGGCGGCCCUGCACAGGAAUCUGGUCUGUGUGCCGGUGACCUCAUCACUCAUGUCAACGGGGAGCCUGUGCACGGUCUGGUCCACACCGAGGUGGUGGAGCUCAUCCUCAAGAGCGGUAACAAGGUGACAGUGACAACCACACCUUUUGAGAACACCUCCAUCAAAGUUGGUCCUGCCCGCAAAGCCAGUUAUAAGUCCAAGAUGGCCCGACGCAACAAGAGGACCAUGGGGAAGGACGGCCAGGACAGUAAGAAACGAAGCUCAUUGUUCCGCAAGAUCACAAAGCAGUCCAAUCUCCUCCACACCAGCCGCAGCCUGUCCUCUUUGAAUCGCUCUCUGUCCUCCAGUGAGAGUCUUCCUGGCUCCCCGACUCACAGCCUCUCAGCUCGCUCCCCCACUCAGGGCUACCGCUCCACCCCCGAGCCCUCAUACCUGGGCGCUUCAUCCCAGAGCAGCUCUCCAGCCUCCAGCACUCCAAACUCGCCUGCUCCCUCCCAGCACAUGAGGCCCAGCUCCCUGCACGGCCUCUCCCCUAAACUCCACCGCCAGUAUCGCUCUGCGCGUUGCAAGUCUGCCGGCAACAUCCCCUUAUCCCCGCUCGCCCACACACCUUCCCCCACCCAGUCUUCGCCUCCCCCCUUGCCAGGCCACACAGUAGGAAGCUCCAACACCACCCAGUCCUUCCCUGCCAAGCUCCACUCCUCGCCGCCGGUGGUCCGUCCCAGACCCAAGAGUGCCGAGCCCCCUCGCUCGCCUCUUCUGAAGCGGGUUCAGUCAGCAGAGAAGCUGGGCUCGCCUUUGACCCAGUCCAGUUCAACGGGAGGGCUGGGGGGUCCGCUGAGGAAGCACAGCCUGGAGGUGCAGCACUCCGAGUACCGUAAGGAUGCCUUCCUCUGUGAGCUUGGCCUCCAGAGCCUGCUGGAGACAGAAGGGGAAAAUCUGCCUCCUAAUCCCGCACCCCUGCCAUCCUCCAUAACCCCGGAGACCGGAGUGCUGAAGCCUGUGAGGAGACUGGGGAGACAGGAGUCGCCGCUUAGCAGGGAAACACUGCUAGCCGGGAGGGAGAGGGAAGAGAGGGAGAGAGGACGUGAGAGGGAGAAAGAGAGAGAGACUGAGACCGGGACAGUCCUGGAGAGACUGAGUCGAGUUGGAGCAACAGUAUCCCAGUCAUCCUUAACAAGAAAACCUCAUACAGGUGAGCUUCCCUUUAGCUCACAGGGUGGCCACAGCUCCAGAGUAGCUGCAGAAACCGCUAAAGCUACAACUCCUAGCACCCCUACCAAAACAACAGGAAGUCUCUGUGGUCAGAAGGAGCCUGAGAAGAUCCUCCAGGGUCAAGCAGACUUAACUACAAAACAGCUAGACUCCAAGGCUGCCAAAAGUGUGUUAUCAAGUAGUAAAAGUCCCCAGGAGCAGCUGCUAGCAGGCAGAACGGAACCAAAGCAGGACGGAGACAGCAAGAGUGGUCCCAGUAGGUCUGGUUUAUCCUGUGCUGUCUUCACCGAGACCUCUGCUCCUACUUCAGAUAAAUGCAUCGGCAUGACCGCAACCAUGACAGGAAGUCCUCUGAGCAUGAGCAAAACCUUUAAACCAUCAGGUAUGGGGGACAGCUUGAGAAAGGCUGGAGCUGAGAGCAGCGAAUCGAGGACUCCAGACUUCGGCUCCAGAAGCCCCAAACUCCCAGCUCGGGUUCUCGCUCCCGUCGUCCCCCCGCAUGGGCAGCCACUCUCUCUGGGCAAGGUAAGGCAGGGACUCGGGCCUGUCAACUGCUACCGGGGAACCCUCGACUGGGAGGACAAAUGUCGCCUGGAGGUGGUGGAGGAGCAUUCGCCUUCUCCCUCUCCCUCCCCUACCGCUGUCACCCCCUCCCUCUGCGGACCCUCCCUCUGUAAGUCGCGCCCCGUCUCCCCGGGAGACAAGACGAGCUUCGUCAGCCAGCUGACCACCGUUGCCAAAAGCGUCCUCGGGCCAAUCAAGCUUGGCUCGCUGGAGGGCGCCAAGAGCAAAGAUCAGCAGACUAAGGCAGCAGAGGAGAAGCAGGGAGGCACAGCGGGAAGGUCUGACACUCCCGCUGGAGGUCGAGUGGUUGCCGGGGCUGCAGUGGUGACCCAAAGUCCGGCAAGUUCACCGUUCGACAAAGCUGCAACAGGUAGCAGCCCACCGAAAAUGUGACCCCAUGCAGCCCCUGAAAGGGAUUUAGCUUCAAAAAAAUAUGCCUGUUUUUUUUUUUUUCUUUUGGACGAACAAUGCAACAGAAGUCAAGCACUUAAAAACAAUGUACAUUCCAGUUUCAGAGUAUAUAAAAUGUUAUUUAUUGAUUCCAAUCAUUGACUGAUUCUAACUUAAAACCAGGAGUAAAAAAAAAAUCUACUGUAAAGGUGCAUUAACUGUUGAUUUUCUAUUAUGAAUUAUUUAAUAAGAAGGCUCUUAAUGUAAUGUGGAACACUUUAUCAGAUGUAUAUGUGUGUGGGUCUCUGUGGAUGCAUGUCAUAUGGUAUGUACUGUACAUGUAUAAUAGUACAAGAAGGUCAAAAAGUGCUUUACCGAUCAAAACAUGCUGAAUACUGUGAAUACCAAAUCCAGUCGCUCUAUUUUGUCUUUCAACCAGCCCUUUCUUCUUUUACUCAGACAAGACAAUGAUAACAGGAGAUAAACUGAGGCACAGUUGAACCGUUAAUGUUUGCAUCAAACAACACAAAUGACACACAGGAUCAGUUUGGCUACAGUGAGUAAGCAAGCAUUAAGAUGAUUAAGCUCAUUUAUUCUCCAUCCAGCAGUUUACUUUCUCUCAGAUGAUGUGCUCGGUCCGACAAAGCCAGACCAGGCACUCUGUCAGCGGAUGUCAUAUCAAGCACUGUCCAGCCCCCCCGCUGUCAGAGGGGAUGGGUGUGUGUGUGUGUGUGUGUGUGUGUGUGUGUGUGUGUGUGUGUGUGUGUGUGUGUGAAGCCACCAUGGGUCUAUUUCUGGUGGUUCUUGAAGGCUGCGUCCUGCUGCAGACGAAAGCAGGGUUGACAGAGCUCAGGCUCAGCGCUUAUCUCCCCUUCGCAGGAGGGCUACCACAGCCCUUUUCCCCCCUCUGCUUCUGACUGCUGCUUACACACACACACACACACACACACGCACAAAUACACACACCUACUCACACAUUGCCACAAGAGGCAGCAGUGUCAGCAGCUGAUAUUCAUGCAUUUAAAUCCAUACCCCUGUGGUUUCCGUGAAUUGGGGAGUGUGUGUCGUGAGAGUGAGUGAGUUAAGAAGUAUGUAUGUGUCUUUUCAAGGGAUAAUUACACUCAACAUGGUCGACUCAGCAAGGGUCAUGACAUCAACCAAACUGGAAAUAAACAGCAGUCGGUAACAUUUACUCUCUCCUACUUCAUUAACAAAUCUCACUGACACAAUUAGGAUUGCUUCUGUGGAUAUACAGUAGUAGGUAAAGGCAGAACAAAUAAAAGCACAUGUUGACUUGAGCCAAAACGGGGAAAGCAGGCAGUCAUGGAUGUAGCAUAAAGAAAUGUAUUCGUACAAGGGCUCAAUAGCAAACAAAGGUAUAUGGUUAGUGGAUAUGGGCAUGGUAUAUCACAAUGAACUUGUUAUUGUGAAAACAAGGUCAUCUAUAAUCAGAAUGAGUUGUGUUGUUAGGUAGGCAAGAUUCAAAUAUAAAAUGCUGUGUAACAUACUGAUGAAGGUGUUUGAAUUGUGCUGAAAAGGUGAAAUUUUUCAGGGAACAGAAUCGAGUUGUUUCCUUCUCCCACUAAUCUUCUACAUCUCCAUAUACUUCAUUCUUAGUAACUAUCCAGUGUACAUAAUCUUCUGCACAUCAUGUACAGCUGUGCUCUCACUGUACCACUACUAGUUCAUUUACGGUAGAAAGCACGGGUUAAACAGUUUAAUCCAGCUUUGAUGCAUCGUUAAAUGUCACUUUCAAUGACUAACAUGUGGUUCAGUCUGCAGGACAGUUUCAACUUGUUCAAGUUCAGUCACCAACAUUUGCUCUUUCUGAGCUGAGUAGUUAGUGUACAGUUGUGCUGGGAGCCGUUGCACGUUGUUUUACGUCAGCUGGCUGCAGAUCAAAGUGCGAGAAUAAAUCUUUACAGUAUACAACCUUUUCACAUAACCCGUCAAUUAGCACUGCAGCUAAUGAUUACUUCAUUAUUGAUUAACUGUUUAGUCUAUGAAAUGUUAAAAAAAAAAUAGUGAAAAAAUUGCAUUCAUAAUUUCUUAGAGGCCAUGUUGAUGUCCAGAACCUGAAGAUAUUCAGUUCACUGUCAUAUAUGACGAAGAAAAACAGCAACAUCGUCAUAUAUGAGAAGCUGGAA